AUGAAAAAGUCUGUAAUUUAGGAUCAAAAGGUGGAUGACAAUCAAUAGAGAAAGAAAAAUGAAGAGAACUUGAAGAUUCCUCUCAAUUUGUACCGUUCUUAUACAAGAAUAACAUAGUAAUCCCUUUUAGAGGAGAUCGCUCCAAUGAUGUCUCAGAUUGAAUUUCUAAAAAAAAAUUGCCCUGAGGGAACUAAAAUAGAAGAAUUUACAGCUCAAGCUUGCUCAUAUUUCAAAUACGAAUAAUUUAGUAGAGGAUAAAUAGUUUUUAAUUAUGGAGAAUAUGGGGACAAAGUUUAUUUGAUAUUAUUUGGAGAAGUUGGAGUCUUUGUUUCUAAGUCUUAAGAAGAAAUUGCUAAUGAUAGAGAGGUUAUUGAAAUGUUUAAAAGUAACUUGAACCCAUUUGAGGAAGAAGUGUUAGAUUAUGAAACUGUAUUUAAAAAGAAAAAAAGGGCUUAAGAUCUCUAAAUGGAAUUACUUCUAGCUUCAUAAAAGAACCCUUUUGAAAUCAAUAACAUGUAUUUCAAAGAGGGAAUAUGCCUUUAUAAAAAAGUCUUUUAAUUUUACUCAGGUUAAGCCUUUGGUGAUAUGGCUUUAUCUUCUGACAAACCGCGUACUGCCAGCAUUUUGGUUUUAUCAGACGAACUUCAUGUUUUAACCAUGAAUAGACAAGAUUUUAAAAGCGUUGGAGAAAGAUCUAUUAAAGAAAAGAAUCAAACCUUUGAGUACUUUUUAAGUAUUUUUGUGGGUGUCAGUAAAUUUAUUGUUACCAAGUUUAUUUAAUAUUUUUAAAAAAUUGAAUUUGCCCCAUAAACUAUUUUAUGGAAAGAAGGAGAUGAACCUAAAUUCUUUUUACUAAUUGUUAGGGGAAGAGUCGAAAUUUAUAGAUCUUAUGAUGAAGAUGCUUUGCAUGGCAAGCAUAAAGAACCAUCUAUUUUCUAAUCAAAAAUAAAACCAAAAAAGAAAGUAACUCUCUCACAGCUUUCCGAUAACUCUUUUGUUGGAGAAGCAGAGCUUAUAGACAACAAUCCAGUCAGACUCUAUUCAUGUAUGACCUCCGAUAACACUCUCGCUUAUUAUAUGGAAAGUGAAGCUUUUAAUAUUGUCAGGAAAAACCAUCCUGACUUUCUUAAAAUUUUGAAAGAGAAAUCCUUUGUUAUCAGGUCCUACUUGCAAAGAAGAGAGAAGUAUCUAUUUGAAAAUAUUUAAAAACAAGACAAGGCAAUGGAAAAAUUACAAUAUCCUGAUUCUACCAAUACUGAAAGAGUCACAGUUGAUGAAUUGUAUAGAGACACUAGUAAAUUAAACUAAAAGAUUUUGAGAUCUCAAUAAAAAAGUAUGUUUACUACUACUGAUAUUGUUAAUUCUAAUAAUUUAAUUAGUAAGAAAAUUACUCCUUAAUCUGAAAAUAUGUUUAUCUUUCAUAAAAAAUAAAUUGAAUUAUUGAAAUAAAAGAAAUAGUCCUAAGUUAAAAGUAACAGUGUCAUUCCGCCUAUAAAUUUAUAGAAAUCCAUCUCCCAAAACAAUUUUGCACUUGAAUGUUAAGUCUUAAAAUCUUAUAGAAAAAUGAGAUUUUAGUAGUUUUAAGCCAAUAGAGAAGUCUGUCUAAAAAUUAAAUCUUAAAUUGGAUCAUUAAUCACUACUCAAUUAAGAUCCUCAUCGCAUGACUCAUCUUGUCCUUUGGCAACUAAUGAAUUUGGAAAAAGAAUAAAAACUCUUCAAGAAUUUUAUUAUGCCAAAACCUUUAUUACAACAAAUAGAUGA